AUGGAGGCGAUUGCCAGGCAGAUGAUGGAAGCCAUGGUCAAGAAUUAUAAGGGCGAUUUUAUAAUUGGGAAGGUGGCCAUGAUUGAUGAACUAAGUGGGCGAGAGUACUACCUCUUGAGCUACACAGCAAAGGAUUUGCCAGUGCCAUAUGAAGGUAGUGUGGCGACUCAUGGGAAAUUUUUCCCUCGGGAUGCAAAAGGUGUGAGGGCUUUGAUCGUCUUUAUUGUUGACGAGGAUAACGACGAAGCCAUGGACGUGAGGGCGGAAAGGGUGUCUGAGGAUGGCCAAGUGCUAGAAGCUGUAAGAAAUUUCUGGUCACCGGAUGUUGAUUGGCAAACAUUGUGUGUCUGGCAAGAACACUACGACAGAGCUGAAGCGAUGAUCGAUGAUUCCAUCAAGAGAGGCGAGAUUCUUUUGUGCUAAAAUUCUAUUACUCCUUAGAAAAUGUCUAAAACAAAGCCAUGUUUAGUUUACCUCUCGGUCUCUUUCUUCUCGCAUAUUGGUAAGAGAAGUUCUUCUUCGCAAAUUUCAGCAACAGCUCAUCA